AUGCCCCAUUCCACUGAGGAACAAAAACCGAGGAAGCUCGUCCUAUGCUUCGAUGGCACGGGAAACGUCUUUAAUGGCAACACCUCGGACACCAACAUAGUCAAACUCUUCGACAAGUUUGACAGAAGGGACCCUUUGCAGUACCACUACUACCAAACUGGUAUCGGCACAUACAAUGUCGAUGGAGGCCCUGUCAACAAGACUUUUUUGGGCUCUAUCCGCUCAAAAAUCUCCAAAACCAUAGACAGUGGCUUUGCCACAACCUUUGAUGCUCACGUCAUUGCCGGCUAUCGCUUCAUUAUGCGGUACUACAAGGAGGGUGACAAAAUUUAUAUUUUCGGCUUCUCGAGGGGUGCUUUUACCGCCCGCUUCCUUGCACGCAUGAUUUACAGAGUUGGCCUACUCUCUGAAGGCAACGAAGAGAUGGUUCCUUUUGCAUACGAUCUCUACCAGGAUUACGAGAAGGGAAAGCUAGAAGUCCCUGAUCAAGAGCGAGCGGAUGCUCCGCCUUCCCCAGGAUCAGCCGAUGGAGCACAUGGAUGCCACGAAACCGACCCUCUCAUUAACGGUGGCUCUGACGUACACGAUUGCUCGGAACCUGAUGAGCAACAGCUUAGAAAGAACAAGCUCAAUGCAUUCAAAGCGACAUUCUGUCGCUCAGAAGGCGCAGAUGAUUUCGGCAUCAAAGUGCACUUCUUGGGCAUGUUUGACUGCGUCAGUAGUGUUUCCGUCUUGGACAGUCCAUUUGGCAAAGCUCCCAAAGCCGUCUCAGUCGUGGGAACCGCCCGUCAUGUUCGCCAUGCCGUCUCCGUCGACGAGCACCGUGUCAAGUUCAAGGCCGCGUUGCUUCAGCAAGACAAAUCCCACCCUCACAAUAAGAAGGAAGAUAUUAAGGAAGUUUGGUUCCCUGGUAAUCACGGCGACGUCGGUGGAGGAUGGCCAGCUGGAAAGGACGACAGGAGCUGGUGGCGCAGAGUAUUCACAACUUUCAAGAACCCGAACGCAUCCAACCCUGGUACUGAUCCCUAUCAAAUGAGCGACGUGCCCCUUGCUUGGAUGAUCCGUGAAUUGGAAAACAUUGGAACAGAGGAACCAGCAGCAGCUAUCAAAUGGAACAAGAGGAAGGAAGGAUUCAAGAGGCAUUUCUCUCUGAAGCUGAAUGAAGCUUUCGAUGGCCCAAUUCACGAUACUCUCCAGUUCGGAGGUGGCUUAUCUCUAUUUAAGGUCAUGCUGUGGAAGUUCAUGGAAUAUCUGCCAAUUCGACGCUGGGAAUUGAAACAGAUCAAAGGCAGUGUGGGACGUGAGUGGUCUUAUACCGCAUUGCCUUUUAACAAGUGUUCGGCACGAGACAUUCCCGACGGCGCACUCUUUCACUACUCUCUUCUCAAGCGACUAACAAGGGAGAAAUCCAACUACCAUCCAUCCAACAACCGAGGCGAUAACUCAGCUAAAUGCCUGGAUCCUGAGAAUUUUUUUCUCAAGGAAGAGGAUAAGGGUGAGGUCAAAAAAUUGCCAACUGACGUCGUUGCCCCUCCUGGCACUCAUAACAUCUACGAACUUAAACCAGAUUCACCAACCGGCAAGGGACUUCUGCGCGUGUAA